GCACCCUAAUCGGCCACGCCUUGCCUGGGGGCAUGGUGACGCGAGACGCCUUCGAGGAUUUAGCAGGAGAGAUUGUGAGGCGCAUACGCGACAUUACGGACUCGACGGUCGUUCACGGGCUGUGGUUCGACAUUCACGGCGCCAUGUGCGUGGAGGGAAUUGAGGAUGCUGAACUUGAACUCCUACGGCGGGUUAGGACUGUUAUCGGCCCCGAAGUCAUCGUAUCAGCGUCGUUUGACCUUCACGGUAACGUUUCACUCCAGCUCGCCCAUGAGCUAGAUCUUCUCACUUGUUAUCGGACGGCUCCGCAUGUGGACGAGUCGGAGACAAAAGAACGGGCGUGUCGUAAUCUGGUCGAUCUUCUUGUUGAGUCUUCUAAUCUCGCUGGGAGACUGGUGCGGCCUCUUAAAGCGUGGAUCCCCGUGCCUAUCUUGCUACCCGGGGAGCAAACGUCGACGCGCAUUGAGCCGGCUAAAAGUCUCUAUGAGGCUGUGCCUGAAGUUGAGGCCCAGCCGGGAGUCAUCGAUUCGGCAAUAUGGGUUGGAUAUCCGUGGGCCGACGAGCCCCGGAACCGUGGAGUAGUUGUUGUCACCGGACGAGACGAGAAGACAGUGGCAGCCGGCGCAGAGCGACUUGCAAAGAAGUUCUGGGACUCGCGGGGGGAUUUCAAAUUUGUUGCGGAAACGGGCUCGUUCGCGGAAUGUAUCGACCGUGCGUUGGCGUCAGGAGUCCGGCCUUUCUUUAUCUCGGACUCUGGUGAUAACCCCACCGCGGGAGGUUCUGGUGAUGUGACCUGGGGGCUUACACGGUUGCUUGAUCGAUCGGAGUUCAAGGACGCCUCGGGCCCUAAGGUUAUAUAUGCUAGCCUUCCGGGGCCGCAGGCUGUCCAGAAAAUGGUCCGGGCGGGAAUCGGUGCUACUGUAACUGUUACUGCUGGGGCGGAGGUAGACAAUAUCCACGCCGGUCCGAUUACUAUGACCGGACGCGUGCAUUCUAUCAAGCAUGGCGAUAAAGACGCUGUAAUUGAGGCGGUCCUUCAAGUUGGGAGUGUGCUUGCGAUCCUCACCCAACUGCGCAAACCUUAUCACCACGAACGCGACUUUACCGAUCUCAAUCUCAAUCCCCGUGCUACGGAUAUAGUCAUUGUCAAGAUUGGGUACUUGGAGCCGGAGCUUUUUGAUAUGGCUAUAGAUUGGAUGUUAGCAUUGACCCCUGGCGGGGUGAACCAAGAUAUUAAGCGGCUUGGGCAUAAACGAAUCCACCGUCCGAUGUGGCCGUUUGAUACAACCUUCCCAGAACCGCCGGACUUGACGGCACGGAUGAUACCACGUUCCGAUGAACCAUUGACUGGGCCUGAUGAGUGACGGGAUCCAUGUACUGGGGCUUUUGUAAUGGGCAUAGGUUGAAGAGGGACACGAUUAGCAUUAAUCUUGAAUGGCGUAUAUGUUGUAGGUCACAGCUUAAGCCAAAAUUCGCAAAGAAGUGUUACAUUCUUGA